AUGCGCAGGGCAGCAAUGAGCACGGUGAUCGAGUAUUUCUGCACUAAGAUGUUGUCUUUUGGAUACAUGGCCAAGAGUAAUACAGCUGGAUCAUGUGCUAUGACUCCUUCGUACACAAGCACCACCACUAUCACAGCGCCUCCCUCUGGAGUCUUGCAGAAAGGAAGAGAACAAUUAAAGACAGUGCCCCUCUAUCUGGAAGAAGACAUCCGUCCUGAAAUGAGAGAAGAUAUCCACGACCCCAGCUACCAGGAUGAGGAGGGGCCCCCGCCCAAGCUGGAGUACGUCUGGAGGAACAUCAUCCUCAUGUCCCUGCUGCACGUGGGGGCCCUGUACGGGAUCACCCUGGUUCCCUCCUGCAAGGUCUACACCUGCCUCUUCGCAUUUGUCUACUAUGUGAUCAGUAUUGAGGGCAUUGGGGCCGGAGUUCAUCGCCUGUGGAGUCACAGAACGUACAAGGCACGCCUGCCCCUGCGGAUCUUCCUCAUCAUCGCCAACACCAUGGCAUUCCAGAAUGAUGUGUACGAAUGGGCCCGAGAUCACCGCGCCCACCACAAGUUCUCAGAAACACAUGCAGACCCUCACAAUUCCCGCCGUGGCUUCUUCUUCUCUCACGUGGGUUGGCUGCUUGUGCGCAAACACCCGGCCGUCAAAGAGAAGGGUGGAAAACUGGACAUGUCUGACCUAAAGGCUGAGAAGCUGGUGAUGUUCCAGAGGAGGUACUACAAGCCUGGCAUUCUGCUAUUGUGCUUCAUCCUGCCCACGCUGGUGCCCUGGUAUUACUGGGGUGAGACUUUUGUAAACAGCCUGUGUGUCAGCACCUUCUUGCGAUACGCUGUGGUGCUCAACACCACCUGGCUGGUGAACAGUGCCGCCCACCUCUACGGAUAUCGUCCCUACGACAAGAACAUUGACCCCCGGGAGAAUGCCCUGGUUUCCUUGGGAUCUCUGGGCGAGGGCUUCCACAACUACCACCACGCCUUCCCCUAUGACUACUCCGCCAGUGAGUACCGCUGGCACAUCAACUUCACCACGUUCUUCAUCGACUGCAUGGCUGCCCUGGGCCUGGCCUACGACCGGAAGAAAGUGUCCAAGGCUGCUGUCCUAGCCAGGAUUAAGAGAACUGGAGAUGGGAGCCACAAAAGUGGCUGA